AUGUUAUUCACCAACAAGUCAUCCGACAAACCGAAACCUUCUCGCUGUGCGCCAGACAGGGACAGCACAUCAACACUCGAAAGCCUCAGAGUCGAGCUUCACACCGACACGGCAAAAUAUGUCGAAGACAGCGAGGCCUUGGCUAACGCUAUCGCCCUCAAUGAUGUCUUUGCGAACCCGUUGGUCGUGGCAGCUGCUUUUAGUGCCUGCAUGGGCGGCCUUCUCUUUGGAUUCGAUCAAGGUAUCUUGUCCAUCGUCUUGACCAUGCCCCAAUUCCUGUCCCAGUUUCCCGAUGUAGACAAAGACGCCUCAUUCUCUGCCGCUUUUAACAAAGGUAUCAUGACUGCGCUCUUGGAGCUCGGCGCCCUCAUCGGGGCUUUUCAAGCUGGAUUUUUCAUCAUCGGCAGUAUCAUCCAGACCACGUCCUUUUCCUUUGCCCAGCUCGUCGUAGGCCGCUUCAUUGGCGGCCUUGGUGUCGGUCUCUUAUCUGCCGUAGCGCCCGUGUACAUAUCCGAAGGUGAAUCACUCACUCAACUCAUCUCCCGUGCUGUUGGUAGACACGUCCAUUUCUAA